GGCGACAGUUUACAACAAACGGCAGCCGCGAAAAGAACUCCGCCCAGCGAUAACACCAACAAAAAACGAGAAAAACGAACAACAAGAGUUUUCCAACAACAAAUUGACGACAGACAAGCGGAAACGUUUUGGCAGGAAAACUCUUGCUAUUGUGAUACGAUCGAAUAUUUCGUAGUUUGUAUUUUGUUUUGUUAGUUUUUUUGUGUGUGGCUUACUCGCGCCAUGAUCUGCCCGAAGCGUACCUCGGAGCUGCUGGAUCUGCAUCUGGCACCGUUCAAGGACAAGGAUCCGGCCUGGGAGGUGGGGGUGUCAAGGAUAGCCGGUAGGGGACUGAUGGCCACGCGCAGCCUCAAGCGCGGCCAAAUCAUUUUCAAAGACAUGCCGCUGCUGAUCAGCCUGUCCGGCCACGAGGAGGACUCCCUGAAUACGUGCAGCGUGUGCCUGACGGAGCUGCCGGAUACGCGUUUCAUGUGCCGCAUGGGCUGCGGCCUGCCCGUCUGCAGUCUCUGCUCCAAGAAGAAACAGCACAAGGACGACUGCGAUCUGCUCAAGUCGUGGGGCCCCAAUGAGCCCGAGGUGGCCAAUUCGGUGAUCAUUCGGCUGCUGUGCGUGGCCCGGGCCCUCAAUCUGAACAAGGACCAGCGCGACCUGAUCUACUGUCUGCAGGCGAACCUGGAUAACAAUCAUCGCGUGGAGGUGCGCAAUGCGGCCAAGUGCUUCAAGAACUUCCCCACCGACAAGAAAAUCUUCGAGAUCAUGAACCGCACCGUGGCCGUGCUGCGCACGAACGGAUUCGACAAGACCACCGAUCGCACCAACGACAAUCAGGAGUUCAACUAUCGCGCCCUCUAUCCCCUCUUUGCUGUCAUGAAUCACGACUGCAUUCCCAACGCAUACUACACCUUCGAGGAGAAGACCAACAUAAUGAUCGUGCGCGCCGCCGUCGACAUACCCGAGGGCUUUGAGAUCACCACAACCUACACGAAAUUAUUCACGGGCAACAUUGCGCGACAUUUGUUCCUCAAAAUGAAGAAGGGCUUCACUUGCAAGUGCUCCCGCUGCUCCGAUCCAACGGAGAAGGGCGCCUAUAUUUCGGGACUCUAUUGCCGCGACACGAACUGCUCGGGACUGGUGGUGCCGGAGAUCACAGGCUUGCCGCACCCCAACUACAAUUGCUUGGAGUGCAAGCAGAAGUCCACGCAUGCCCAGAUGAUGAAGUCGCAGGACUUUGCCAGCGGCGCCAUCAAUGCCAAGGCCAACUCGAACUCGCUGCGCACCUUGGUGCAGUACCUGAACGAGAAGAGCGACAACUUCAUACCCAGCAGCAACUAUGUGGUGAUCGAUGCCAAGCUGACGGUGCUGCAGCGCCUUGGCCAGGGCCGUGAGGACUGCAGCGAGGAGCUGGCGGCCAAUACGCGCCUCCGCUACAGUCGCGACGUCAUCCAGGUGAUGGAUCAGCUGGGCUUGGGCGAGUCCCUGGUGCGCACCCAGCUGCAGGAGCUGCUGCGGCGGGAGGAGGAGCGACGGGCCAAGCGGCUGGCCGAGGAUGCCGAGAAGCAGCGCAAGUUGGCCGAGCUCCAGGCGAAGGCAGCCGAGGCGGACAAGCUGCUGGCCGCCCUGGAAGAGGCUGCACGGGCCGAAGAGGUAGCAGCUGCUCCUGCUCCUGCUCCUGCACCCGCUCCCGCUGCCACUGAGACGGCUUAAGGUUGCCCUUAAGGGGCCAGGAUUCAAGAUGGCCUCCCCAGACCUUUCCCGAACUGUCACCCCGAACUGUCACCCCGAA